UAUCAUCAGUACAGUUUAUUCAUAAAUGUAUUUUUGUUGCUUAUCAUAAUGUGUUUUAUCGUUUCGCAGAGUGGCACAUACAUACACAUUUGUUGAUGAUACCGGCUCUGGGGCGGUUGACUAAUAACUUGUAAUUAAUUCGCAAACCUAAUUGCAAAAAUAAAUAUAUAUUUUACUAUAUAGCAUUUAUUUUAUUAAGCGCUUUGGAUAUCAUCAAAAUAGUGGGGGAUUGUGGUGCCUUAGAACAUUUUUUUUUUUUAAAUAGUGUAGAAAAUAAAUUAUCAUGAAAAUUGAACUGCCUGUGUGUAAAAGAUGCUGUUUCUGUAUACCCUUGCGACGAGGGUUGUUAGUGUGGGGAUAUAUUAAAUUGCUAGCUGAUUUAUACUUUCUCACAAUAAUGUCCUACAUAUUGUUAAUCCUAAUUGCAUUCAGUGCGUAUGGACAGGAAUUCGCUGGUAUGGUCGUUGUCAUUGCUGUAUUUUUGAUUGAUUUCGCAAUGACUAUAGUAUUCAUCAUUGGGGCUCAUAAGAAAAUCGUGAAGUAUAUGAGAUUAUUCUACUUCUUGAGUAUAGCGAUGUUGGCACUGACGCUGCUGUUGGUGAUCAUACACAUCUGCCUACUGUCAAACUACCCUUGGUUCAGAUCCCGUACUGAUGCUUUGGAGUACGGCAUCAAGGUCUACUCUAGUUACUUCUUUGUAAUAGUGGUCCAGAUCUACUUCAUAUUUUUAUUAAGGAGCGAGAUUAUCAAGCUGAAGAAUAGCUGCAAGUUCAGGUUCGUGAACAAUACUGCUGAGGCUCUUUGCUCCAUGGAGUGUGAGCCUCAAGGAGUACCAGCUGUUGUGGAAGCAGCUGAAGAAGCCCAGUGAAGACUGAAACAUGUACUUAUAGUUCAUCGUCAUCAUCACAUCGGCUGCAAGACAUCUCCUGAACAUAGGCCUCUCCCAAUGAAGUUCUUUCCUUCCAGAUAGGACUGGUGGAAGUCUCUUGCCUCCAGAGGCUUUCGGUGACCUUCAUCAGGUCGACUGUCGGGGUGGGUGUUGUCGUCUCCAUUUCAGUACUGCAUUGUAUAGUUGUGUGCUUGUGUGUUUAUGUGUGCGUGUGUGUGUAAAGAAUGCUCACGACUGUCUGAUUAUUAUUUAUUUUGUGAUUAAAUAGCAUAUGUUACCUA